CGUGCCGCCGCCAGUACCGCCGGGAGGCCAGUGACUGCUGGCCUGUUCAACGGGUCGGACCAGACCGGGACUGAGCUCGAGUAGUGCGUGAGCGCUCGCGGGAGUGGGUGACACGGGAGUGAGUGACACGAGCGUCGCCGUCACCGAGUCCGUCGUCGUGUACGUCGCGUUUUGCGUUUUUCGCGAAAAAAAAAAGUGCGGUUCCGCGUCGUGUCGGUUCCCGCGUGCCUUUGCGUGUGUUUCCGUGCGCGUGUUUGUGCGUGUGUGUGUGUGGUUGUGCGUGCGCGCCUGCGUGCGUACGCGCGCCGCUUGUGUUGUGUGUGUUGUGUUGAGCCGGCCCGGCCCGCUGUGCCGCACGGUGAGCCGCACGGUCCCGUUGAGGGAACUCCCAGCUGCGCUCGCCUGCGCGCCUGCGCCAAAGCUACACUCGCCGCUGCGGGAAGAGAGAAGAAACAAAAGUAAAGGGCCAGUUCGAAAUAAAGUGGGACGCCGAGGAAGUGCGUGAAAGUGAAUCAUCACGGCGAUUGCCCCGCAAUAAGGAAUACGGAAUAUCUCUCCCACCAGGAUGUCCCUGUUGCUGGCUGUCCCCGGGAUGCGCGCGCCGUCCGCGCGGCCCUAGAGCGGCGAUGACCGCCAGAUAGAAGUAGACACGAGCAGCACACCAGCAGCAGCAGCAGCAGCAGCACCAGUGCCAGCAGCGGCACCCGGCACCAGCCCAGGCCCCAGGAGACAGGAUGGACUCGGGCACGGAGCUGUUCCUCCGCCAGGAGAUGGGCACCAACAACAACCCCGCGCUGCCGCCCGCCGGCCCGGCGCACAAGAAGAAGUGGAGCGCGCCCACCAUCACGCUGGCCAGCCCCGGCGCCGCCCUGGGCUCCGUGGACGAGUACAGCACCGAGGUCAACUACGACCGGCGCGAGUCGUCCGACUCUCGCAGCGGCGGCAGCCGGCGCGGCUCCACGGCCAGCGGCCUGGGCAUCGGCAUGGGGCUCUUGUUCGCCUCGCGGCGGCCGUCGCGGGACUCGUCCUCGCGCCGCGGCUCCGAGUCGGCCGCCUCGAUCGCGUCCGUGUCGUCGUCCGGGAGGCGCGACUCGACGCCCGGCCCCGGCGGCGUGCUGCCCGGGCUCGACGCCCUGCCCCAGGGGCUGGACGACAAGGGCGCCAAGGGCCGCCGGCGCUCGUGGCACGUCGCCAAGCUCGAGCGCAAGCGCCGCAAGGGCGUCAUCAGCCCCACGGCGCUCUCCGACAGCGAGGCGCCCAAGCCGCGCGAGAAGAGGCCCUCCUGGUGGAACAUCUUCGCGUCCGACAAGACUCGCUCUGCACGACGAGCGUCUAUAGCGCCCGAGGUGACGCAGCCUCCAACCUAUGUUGUCCCGUACCAAAGGAGCAAGAGUCGCAGCGUUGACCAUGGCUUCUCGCCGCCCUUCGACCUGGACUCUCUCCGCCACACCGUGGAGGGACGCAUACAGAGCGCAGAGAAGCUGUCCCGCGCCGGUAAGUGAGAGACUGAGUGUGUUUAUGUUUGUGUAAACAGUCGCG